AUGCAGCAGAAGGGCAUCGCCCCAGACGCCCAGGCUGUCAGUGCUCUUCUAUCGGCGGCGUGUGUGGCGGAGGAUGUGGCGGCGGGUGAGUUUGUGCACGGUAUCAUGAAGGAGAAUAAUAUCAAAGCCAACUUAGUGUUAUACACGCAGCUGAUUCGGCUGUAUACUGACGAUUACCCGAAGGUGGUGCAGACCCUACAUGAGAUGAGCGCGAAG